GGUGUUUACUAGUCUUGGUCGUGGUAUGGAAGGUGUUUACUAGUCUUCGUCGUGGUAUGUAGCGUGUGGUGUAGUAUGUAGUGUGGUAUGGAAGGUGUUUACUAGUCCUGGACUGUUGUCUGCUGUUGGUUUCCUCUGUUUACUGACCACAGCAGGAGAGAACAACUAUCAUGGAGCUGUACCCUUCUAGUUCAUUACAACAGGACUGUUGGUUUCCUGUGUUUACUAGUCUUGGUAGGAGAGAACAACUAUCAUGGAGCUGUACUCCUCUAGUUCAUUAGAACAGGACUGUUGUCUGCUGUUGGUUUCCUCUGUGUAAUGAGAAACAGGCUGCGUCCCUAAUGGAAGACUACUCCCUAAAUAGUGCACUACUGGUUAAAAGCAAAGCACUAUAACAAAAGGAAGAGGGAGUCAUUUGGCACGUAUCCAACAGUAGUUUAGACUGUAGAGGUUCUGUUUGUCUAUAUAUAUAUAUAUAUAUAUAUAUAUAUAUAUAUUUAUAUUCCCUGCUGAGUCGUGGUCAACAAGGUGAUUUGCAUCCAGACAGUCUUGUCUCCAGGUCCAGAUGUGGCUUUUGCCUGCUUCAAUGUGUCCUGGGAGGACAUGGUGUUUGGGAGGCAGUGCCAUGUCUUUCUGACCGGACUCAUCCUGGACUCCAUAAGACUAGAGGACUCCAAGGACUGCACUCUCAAGAUAACCAACCUGGUCUAUUUCCUCUGGACAGGACAGGUGAAGGCUGAGGACUUUGUCUCUGAGCUGUUCAGAAUCAUUUGUUCUGAGAGACGGGAGAAGAGCAGAGAGCAGCUGCUCCUGCAGUGGUUGGAGUUCUCCCUUCCUCGAGCCCAGCGCUACUCUGACUGUCUGGAGCAGCUGGACAGAGGACACUGUCGUACAGUCAGUCUGUUUCCUUAAGACGACAGACCCAGUGUCCCCCCCCCCCACCUCAACACAGGCGACAGACCCAGUGUCCCCCCCCCACCUCAACACAGACGACAGACCCAGUGUCCCCCCCACCUCAACACAGACGACAGACCCAGUGUUCCCCCCAG